AUGGCUUUAAAAGAUGGAAUAUACCAAAUAGGUUUGAUAGACAUGAGGGAGUUGUUAAUAGUAUCCAUAAUCGAGCUAGAGAAAAGUUUGAUAUGCUUACCAAACCCAAAAAGUCAAUACAAAGUGCUUUUGAGUAUCAAUCUACAAAAGCUCAAAAAGAAUACCACACUCGUUUGCUUGCUUGUGCAAAAAGAUAUCAUACACGCUUGUGCAAAAGAAGCAACUAAAUCCAUUAUUAAAGAACUUGGUGAAGAUUACUUUGCAAUAUUAGCAGAUGAAUCGGCUGAUAUUACUCAUAACGAGCAAAUGUCUUUGUGCUUGCGAUAUGUAGAUAAGAAAGGAGACAUAGUUGAAAGGUUUCUCAGUGUUGUACAUGUCGUUGAUACCAUAACUUUAGCUCUUAAAAAGGAAAUUUAUUCUUUGCUUGCAGAGUAUUCAUUAAGUCCUUCUAAAAUCCGAGGUCAAGGAUAUGAUGGAGCUAGUAAUAUGAAGGGUGAAAGUAAUGGCCUUAAAAAUCUAAUCUUAAAAGAAACCACAUCUGCAUACUAUGUUCACUGUUUUGCACAUCAAUUUCAACUAACACUAGUUGCAGUUUCAAAAAAGAGCAUAGAUUGUGGUUGGCUCUUUGAGAUACAUACAAAAUUAUUGAAUGCCAUUGGAGUUUCUUGUAAGAGAAAAGAAAUGUUGCGAGAAGCUCAAGCUCAAAAGGUUUCACAAGAAUUUGAUGCUGAUCAACUUGAAAGUGGCAAAGGAUUGAAUCAAGAACUUAGUUUGGGAAGGCCGGGUGAUACUAGUAGUAGAUCCCAUUGUAAACUGAUUGUGAAUGUUAUUUCCUUAUAUCAUGUGAUACGCGAGGUUCUUGAUAAGAUAGGAGAUGCAUCUUCAAGUUCGGACGAUCGGCUAAAAGCGGAUGUUGUUGCUUAUUCACUCGAGUCUUUUGAUUUUAUAUUUAUGAUACAUUUGAUGAAGACUAUUUUUGAUGUGGAAAAUGAUUUGAACAAUGCUUUACAAAGAAAAGUUCAAGACAUAGUUAAUGCCAUGUCAUUGGUUACAUUGACCAGGCGACGGCUACAAGAAGUAGGAGAUAAUGGUUGGGAACCUCUCUUAAGUUCAGUCAUAACGUUUUGUGAAAAAAAUUGCAUUGAAGCUCCUAAUAUGGAAGAUGUAUAUAUUCCGACAGUCUUUGUUGCAAUCAUUGAUUUGCAACUUCAAGAGUUGAAGAACCGAUUUGACGAGGUUAGUAUGGAUCUACUUGUUUAUAUGGCUAGUUUGAGCCCCAUUGAUGAUUUUAAAUCUUUUGAUAAAGAAAAAAUUAUUACACUUGCAAAACUUUAUCCUAGUGAGUUUUCAAGUGUUGAAUUAGUUCGUCUUGGUGAUCAGCUUGAUAAAUACAUCUACAAUAUGAAAAAAGACGACAUAUUUCAAGGAUUGAAGGAUCUUAAAUAG